AUGUACAUUUACAAGCUGUUCCUGGAUGGGGACCGAGGAUUGCUCCGCGAAUUCCACGCCAUCGUCGUGGACGUGUGGCAGACGGGGAACGUACCGCAGCAGUGGAAGGACGCCACCAUCAAGGUUCUGUUCAAGAAGGGGGACACGAUGGAGUGCGGCAACUACCGGGGCAUCUCUCUCGUUGCACACGCCGGCAAGGUGCUGCUUAAGGUCGUUGCAACACGCCUAAGCCACUACUGCGAGCGAGAGGGCAUCCUCCCGGAGGAGCAGAGCGGUUUCCGCCCACACCGGU